AUGGCUCCCAAAACUGGCAAUUUUAAUCAAAUUGCAACAGACAAAACUAAAAAGACUGCAGCCACGCAAGCCGCCGAAACAAGUAAGGAUGGCUCCAAGGACAAAACCAAGGGAAAGUCUAAAGAAAAGGUCAAAGCACUUGCUGCCAAAAAAGCUAUUGUAAAGGGAGUUCAUGAAAAAGCAAAAAAAAAGAUCCGUACUUCAACAACAUUUCGCCGACCAAAAACCCUUCGGCUAUCACGCGAACCCAAAUAUGUGCGUAAAUCAGUCCCUCAUACACCUCGUAUGGAUCAAUAUAGGAUUCUGAAGAAUCCUCUAAAUACAGAAUCCGCAAUGAAGAAAAUUGAGGACACAAAUACACUCGUUUUCAUUGUUGAUGUCCAAGCUAACAAGCGUCAAAUCAAAGAGGCAGUUAAAAAGUUGUAUGAUGUUGAUGCACAAAAAAUUAACACCUUGAUAAGACCUGAUGGAACCAAAAAAGCAUAUGUUCGUCUUACUGCUGAUGUGGAUGCUUUAGAUGUCGCUAAUAAGGUUGAUAUG